AUGCGAACUCAGCUUCCCGAAUGCACUGCACAGCUGGCCGGUUUUAGCAGGCCACGCGGUCCAGCCGGACUCCAGCUGUCCAUAGCGCUGGCUUCCUCUCCCCCCUCCCUCGCCAAGUCGCUGGCCAGACGCAGAACCGUGCUGAAGGCGAAAAGCGGAUCCCCGGGAUUCGCGGGGACCCGGCCCAGCCCGAGCUCCUGCCGCCGGGGCGGUGGCUUCCGGGGGGUCCCGGGUCCCUGUUCUGCAAGGGUCGGGCUCGCGCCGCCGUCUGCGCAGGCACCCCUGACCGCAGGGAACGAGGACUCGCGUGGAGAGGCCCGGAGGCGCCAGGGGGCGCGCAGCGGAGGAGCCCCGGAGCGCGGACGGGGGCGGAGGCGCUCCAGACCGCCGGGCCAGCGCUGGGUGUGGAUGAACUUCGAGUCGCCGUCGCACUCCCCGGGGCUGCGGGGCCUGGCCGCCGACCUGUUCAACUGGACGCUGUCCUACCGCGCCGACUCGGACGUCUUCGUGCCCUACGGCUUCCUGCGCCCCAGGGGCCACCCGAGCGACCAGCCGCCCGGCCUGGGGCCGCCGCUGGCGCGCAAGCGGGGCCUGGUGGCCUGGGUGGUGAGCCACUGGGACGAGCGCCAGGCGCGCGUGCGUUACUACCACCAGCUGAGCCGCCACGUGCCCGUGGACGUCUUCGGCAGGAACGGCCCCGGCCGGCCGGUGCCCGCCAGCGGGCUGCUGCACACCGUGGCCCGCUACAAGUUCUACCUGGCCUUCGAGAACUCGCAGCACGUGGACUACAUCACCGAGAAGCUGUGGCGCAACGCCUUCCUGGCCGGGGCGGUGCCGGUGGUGCUGGGCCCCGACCGUGCCAACUACGAGCGCUUCGUGCCGCGGGGCGCCUUCAUCCACGUGGACGACUUCCCGAGCGCAGCCGCCCUGGCCGCCUACCUGCGGUUCCUGGACCGCAACGUCGCGGUCUACCGUCGCUACUUCCACUGGCGCCGGAGCUACGCCGUGCACCUCACCUCCUUCUGGGACGAGCCCUGGUGCCGCGCCUGCCAGGCUGUGCAGACCGCAGGGGACCAGCCCAAGAGCAUUCGCAACUUGGCGGGCUGGUUUGAGCGGUGAGGCCGCCGGGCCCUAAAGGGACAGCUCUCCAAGCCUGAGGUUUCCAGACGCGCAGCUUGUGCGCAAUGAGAAGAAGGCUUAGCAGUUAAUUCGGUGUAGCCCAAGGAUGGGAUGGGGAAUUCUGUUCCCAGGUGCUCAUGGCUUUUGCAUAGCUGGAGGCUGGGUUCACUCUGUUGAGGGGCAUCAGUUGUGGGUGACCAAGGAGGGGUUGGGGGGUGGUUCUUACCGCCACCCGUGUGAAGUGGCCUAGCAACAGGAACCUGGAGAAGAGUGAUUGCUUUAAUUUUCUCCUAGCCACAGGCCAUGUCUCGAACUCUGCGGCCUCUAAAUCUUGCAUUCUUGUUCUCUGACCCAAUGAGAGGCACUCCAUUGGGUUUUGAAAGUGUGGGUGUGUGAUAAUGGGAGUCUGUGCCCACAACGGAGUGUUUUCUUUGGUGGUUGGAUUACUCAAACCUCUUGGUCCUGGGAAAGAUGAGGAUGGUUCAAGAAGGCAUUGGUUUCCAUAACCAGCUGUGUGUGUUCUCAGCCUUAUGAAUGGAAACAAGAGGCAAGAUUGUCCUCAGAGGACAGGCAAAAUGAAGAUUUGGGUGACCUUCACUUCACACUGUUUCUGAAAAGCUGCAUUUAAAUGACACCCCAAAGUCAGGGCCCUAGGGGAGUUCAGUAUUUAACAGAAUCCCAGGAACAGUCCCUUUACAAUGUGAAUAAUCAUCUCCUAAUUAUUCUGACUUUGUAUUUCUCCAUAACCUAGAUUUAAAAAAAAUUAAAAAUACAGAUAUGAAAAAAAAAGCACAAGGAAUCCUCUUCCCCUUUCCUAACAAACUAGUGUUUACAAAUGGGAAGAAGGCAGUCACUGUCACUUUCCAUAAUAUUUAUUCUGUGUCUCUGUGGGGCCUGAAAUGUAAACUGGAUGUCAGUCCUUCUGCAGAGCCGGGGCUCUGACAGUGAACACAGUGCUCCUUCUGUACAAGGAGAAAAGAAAUUCAUGGUGUCUAAAUGCCAGAUUUUGUUUCUGUUUUUUGUUAAAUGGAACUGAACUGAACUAGUGCCUACAACUAAUUGGGUAUUUUGUUAAAGGCUGAAAUCCACAGGUUCUCUCCUGACCUGCAUCUAGUGUAGUAAACCCUCAAGUCUGGUGCCUUUCAGUCUUGGUCAUGGGACCAAUCUUGAAAAUCCAGGCAUUGACUUCCCAAGCUGUUGAUUGAGCAGCGUGUUCAGCAGAUGCCAAUGUGUGCCUGUUGUGCCAAACACUGGGCCGGGGCUCCCCAGGGAAGGGACAGAAAGUGAGGCAGGACCCCUCUUUAGAGCCGCCUGCACUCUGCCACUGCCAAAAGUGAAUACGGAUUUGUAUCAAACAAAGGAACUAUUAUUGAUGGUGGUGCAGACCACAAAUCAGAAAGCCAGUUGACUUAAUGCUUCAAGCUGUUGUUAUAAAUGAUCCUAGGUGGCUGUUAUUGGUAGGGUCCAAGACAAAUUAGCAUUAUAGAGUUCUGCCUCUGUGUUUGGUUAGCAUUGGUGUCUGAAUCCUAGAGCAAGUUUACCUCCUCCAAGCGCUUUUGUUGCAUAAAGUUCACUUAAGCUCAGGGGCUUCUAUUCUCUUCCAUACAAGGAGUAAUUAAAAGCUGUGAAUAACAUUUCCUCAUUAAAGUGCUACAGUGUGGGUGGAAGCACAGUUCCCCGGCACCAGCCCUCAGGUAAAGGCAAAAGAAAAAAAAGAGUUCUUUUUAAAAAAUGAGUGGCCAGGAUCUUGGUGUUAUUGUGGACCUUCCUGGGGCAGUGGGGGAGAGUUCAGGACUUGAAGGUGAGCUAGCAUUCCAGCUCCUGACACUGUGUUAGCCCCAGACCUUCCUCCUCUAUGAGGUAUGGUAGGGAAACAUGUCACAGCUGGUUGUGGGAAGUGAAGAUGCUCACAGUGGGUACCUAGUACACCCCCCCACAUACACACAUAUAUUCAUAUUCCUUUUUCACAGUGACUUUAGGAUGCCGUCACCUGCAUUUUUAUGUCUGAAAUUAAAUCCAAAGGCAUGUUAGAGAGUAAGUCUGAAAAGUGAAGGGGUGUCAUACUGUGUGUUUCAAAUAAGCCCCUAAACCUAGGCCCUAUUUCAUGAUUUCAAUGUAGAUUAAACUUGGGUUUGCAGACUAGGACGGGGUACCUGUGCUUUUUUUUUUCAAAAAAAAAAAAAACCAGUUUGGGUAAACCUAUAUGGUUAAAUUAAUGUGGAUUGUUGGACCCAAUGCUUUUUGUAUCAAAUCCCUGUAAGACAGAAUAUUUAUGUGAGGAAGAAUGCAUCUACAUGUAUUAUAUAUUUCAAAAUGUAUUUCCUAUGAUUGUCAUGACUUCCAUUAAGGCAUACACUUUUAAGUUGAUCACAAAUGUAAUAUUUUUAGCCCUGGAUGACCUUAAUUCUGAGAGUGCAUCUGAAGGUGACUCUUCAGAAGUCAGGGGGACUUGGAUUCUUUCCAGUUCCCAAGCCCUUUCCUGAUGGCAGGAGGAAGACAGCCAGGAUUGGCUACAGGAAAGAGCUUGCAGCUUGGAACCAGAACCGGAGGCUGUGGCUUGGCCACUUUCUGUUUCUGUGGCCUUAAUCAGGCAAUUUAAGCUCUGGAGUCUCAGCGUCCUUCUUCAUAAUGUGUGGGCACCCGUAUGAAACCAGGUUCAGGUGGGAUGAUGUGUGCCCAGUGCUUUGUCCACUACAGGCUUACAGAAUCUAAUCUUUGAAAGCCUUAGACCUGUGCAAGGCCAGAAUGAAUAUUUCAAGCGCUGCAGGCUGUAUAGCCUGUGGCCUGUACUUCCAAAGUGGGCGUGCAGGAGCAGGCCAGAGGGUGAACGACCCAGUGCGGGUUGCUAGCUGCUGACUUCUUCAGCCCUUGGGUUAGAGUUUACCAGCUCAGCUCUAUAGACAUUUACAGAUGCUACAAGGAAUCUAGGAAACGAACAAUUUUUUUAAAAAAAUGCAACCUGAUGGGUAUCUCUUGAAAGGGAUUUGAGAAUUCUAAUUUAAUAAUUCUGGAGUUUAAUAGUUCUGGAGUUUGCCAGUUUCCUAGACCUGCUUUGCAACAUUCCCUAGUUGUCUGAUCUUGGGCAAAUUAUUUAAGCUACCUGUUUUGAUCAUCUCAUCUGUAAUUGAAGUUAAUCAUAUAUAAUUCAUGGAAGUACAGAGAGGAUUAGAUAAGACACCUAAGUACUCAAUAUAGUGCCUGGCCCAGAGGACAAACCUAGAAAAUGCUUGCUGAGAUUCCCACCAGCCCUUUAACAGAGGGAGGAGCCAAGAUCCAGACCCUCUGAAGGAUUUGCUUGAGGUGACAGAAAUAGUGGUGGGACCAGCUGUGCCUGUAUGCCACAACCCCAGAGCCUCUGUCACUUGAGCUGCAAAAUGAGGGGGCUGGACAAAAGCUCUAAGGACCUUCCAGCUCUACUCUCUCUAGUUCUAAUUGGCACUCUAGAGGUUAGGGAAUUAAUUGCUCUCUGGUGGGCCUUCCUUACUGUCUGGAAAUGAGUUCAUACCCAGGAGCAGGAAACUGAUGGAAAACGAAGCACCAGAUACAGAGGGGGAGGGGGAUUGUGUGUGUGUGUGUGUGUGUGUGUGUGUGUGUGUGUGUGUGUGUGUGUGUGUGUGUGUGUGUGCGCGCGCGCGCGCGCUCACACUUAUUACAUUCCUCAGAUACCAGAGAGGAGCCUCGUCCUUGGUAACCAGUUUGGUGGAUGAGUUUGAGGUCUACAUUUCAGGUCAUACUUGAUUUUUGUCUCGGGGACUUUUAUACUACAGUUCCUCCUAGUAUACAUAAAUCUAGUCUUUAUGUAAACAUGCUGAGAUGUUUAGGCAAAAUGGUUAAAGUAAUGAGAUGGAAAAAGGCCUGUUUAUAACGGAGUUAUAAACAGACGCUAACGUGUUCACCUGUGACCCCGGGGUGUCUCUGUUGCGGGUUCUGUGAGGUCACUGGCUCUGCCGUAGCCCACAGUGUGGCUGUGAUGGCUUUGUCUCCGAGGAGCACACCAGGUCCAGCUCAGCUUGUCCUUUCUCUCCCUUCACACUGUAGUCUGGUGACUCAUUUGUAAGGGCUCAGCUGCACGUUCUUGUGUUGUGGUCCAGUUUACUUUCCUAAGUGCUCCUAUAUCCUCCAUAGUAGAGUUACUAGCUCUGGUCCACCAAAUUAAGUAAUGUCAGCUUUUGGGAGAGUAAAGACUGAGUCGUAAUGGUAGGCAGAGGUCAAGAAGGCAAGCUUUCUUCAUUACAGGGAGCCACGAUUGUCCACGGAGGAAAAUGUGAAUGUGGUGUAAACACUGGAGAUUCUCUUCUUCCUGCCUCCCUCCAGUGCGAGUGAACACACCCACCACAUACACACUCACUCACACUCGGUGACAUGCUCAUUUAAGUACAGACUCAAAAUCACCACGGUCAGCUAAGGGUAGGAAGAGGACCAUCAGGAAAAGAAAACCCAAUCAUGAAUGAGUUAAAGGUGCGUUCGUUAUAAGUACAGCAGGUGGCGAAUGUGGCUGGAGAGGAACUAGGGAAUAAAGGGGAGUCAGAGUCACUGAGUGCACAGCCAGAAGAAAGGGAGGAGGCGGGAACGGCAGGGGGUGGUUAGGGUUAAGGAGGAGACAGACCGGGAUCCUGCACAGAGCUGGGGCACUAAGAGCGCACCAUUCAGGGUGCUAUUUGCUGAGAAGGACCUUUGUGCAACAGCUGUGGACAGAUGGGGGUGAAAUCAAGGCAGACCUUGCUGACAGGGAGAGCUGGGACCUUAACAAGGAGUAAACAGGGCAUCAGAAACAUAAAACCCUGAUUCAUUACAGCAGAUUCUUGACCACUUAAGAAUGCUACUUUUUUUUUUUUAAUCUGGGAAAAAAAAUCACAUUUGUUGCCUUUUAUUGAAUCCCAGUCAGCACACUUCACCAGCACUUGAAAGCACUUUUAAAAUCUACUUUUAGAAACGAUCACUGGCAUAUUGUUUUAAAGGAAGAAAAUGUAUAAUCAGUUUGUUAUACCUAUUAGUUUCCUGCAAAACCUUAUUACAAAACUACUUCAUGUAAGAUUUAAAUAAUUGGAUUUUUAUGAUAUCAAUU